GCCUGACACCCCCACCACUCGCACCCCGUAAACUGCCACGAUGCCUUUGGUCACCAGGCUGUCCCGCCGGACGAUGCUAAGGAAACUCGGCCAUCACUGGUUUCCCGCCGCUGCUUUCCUUGAAUGUCGUCAUUUCUCCAUGUCCUUCAAGGAAAACCAGGGUGUCGAUGUCUCGAUCGUCCGCCCCCAGAUCGCGCCUGCCCUUCUUCCAUACAAGAUCGCCUUGACAGAAGCGUCGCGUCUACCCCGUCCCUUUGUCGGGAGUUCGGUCAUCACCUUGCUUGAUAAGCUCUAUUCCCGACCAGAUCGUCUCGCUUCCUCUACCCACCUACCAGUUGGCCUUGUACAACAGAUAAACUGCACCUACGACAAAAUGGACGCUAUGGUAACCGACUUUGCAGUUUGUGCUUUGAAGCGCAUCUCACCAAGGGACAAGGCUAGAUCGACGAGUGUACCACUUUCUCCCGCCGAGCACUUUCGCUUCUGUCGCGCCUUCUAUCGAGUCGAGUUGUUUUAUACUCUCUUUCAGUGCGGCGCAUUCGAUGACGAUAUGAACCGCUGGUUCUUCUCGAGGCAUCCCCCUUGGGAGAAUGAGCAGCUUGCUUGCGUCUACCAGUACCUAGGGACCAGGCUUGAUCAAGCAUUAGCCGAACGUCACACGGACGGUUUUGAGGUCCACGAGCAGGACAAGAUUGAUGAUAGGAACCUGAUAAACUCUUGGCUAUCUCGAGGUGUCGAGUUCAUAUACAACUUGGUCAACGCCCCCUCUCCCAAGGCUAAGCGGAGCAUCUUGGCGGCUGGCAUCAGCGCUUCUUUCCGCGAUGCACCUGCCUUAGAGCUACCUGAGGUUCUGCUCGAUGUCUAUGGCGGUGACGAGGACUUUUACCAGAGGUGCAAAUCGGUAGCCCUACAUCAGUAUAGUCAGCCUAACGACGAGGAUACCGACUCUGGCCCAUAUCAGGCGUGGCGCAGUGAGAACGCAAGCGAUACGGUAACAGAAUCGUUCAUGCUCAGCGACGAUUGGCUUCGCGACUGCGCCUACGUGUUUUGGGAUAGUGACCGGGUGCAGACAAUGGGGAUGGGCGGCCUCGACGAGGACUAUAUCUAG